GGGGAGAACAAUGCGACAGGGAAGGAGGAAAGGGCAGUUAAGGGAGGCGAGGGCGCGGGAAGCUGAGCUGCCGUUAAUGAGGGAAGCCGGGGCGAGUGCAGGCGUAGAGGGGAAGAAGGGAGAAAGCAAAUAGGUUCGGGAAUGUGUAUUAGAGGGGCAUGGGCGGGCGCUAGGACCGAGCGUCGGGGAGGUGCGGCUUUGGGGCUGCCUGGGCGCGAGCUUCCAUGGAGGUGACGCGACGGUGGCGGAGAUCGCUGGCCCGGACUAAGCACUGCAGGGAGAGGACACUCGGCUGCCUUGGGCCUCGGCUUGUCUCUCCCCGCGCACUUCACUGCGCGCCUUCCUUCGUACUACUUGAGGGUCAUGCUCUGGUCCGGGGGCGCCCAGCCUUUCCUCGGGCCCCACGGCACUUUCCUCGCCCAGCCACGCACCCUUUUGCACCCCUGCGCGCCGGGGCCAGGUGGUGGAGGCCGUGGAGGGCCUGGCCGCUGAUUGGCUGCUGCGACCGCGGGGCGGGGCAGGUGGGCGACGCUUGACCUCUGCGGACCUGACUGUUUUUCCCGCCAUGUCGUUCGUGGAGAGCGGGAGGCGCUCAGCCCUUUCUCGCCGCCGUCUAAGCACUGCUGUCCCGUUUGCUCAACCGGCGUUUUCCGCUUUCACUCAGGGAGACAGCUGGGGUGAGGGUGAAGUCGACGAGGAGGAGGGAUGCAACCGAGUGGCCCGUGACCUGCGGGCGGAGUUCUCGGCCAGGGCGUCGUCGGAACCUAGAAAGGACUCGCUACUCCGGCCAGAUGGGGACGGGUCUCCCGCCCUGCCCGAUAAACGCAAUGGCAUUUUCUCGGCGGAUGCGGGCGGCAGAGUCCAAGCCCGGCGCUGGCCGGUCCAGGUCCUCUCAGUUCUCUGUUCGCUGCUGUUUGCCAUCCUCCUCGCCUUCCUUCUCGCCAUCACCUACCUGAUCGUAAAAGAGUUACAUGCUGAAAAUUUGAAGAACGAAGAUGAUGUACACACUGGACUGUUAGGAUUCUGGACUCUACUUAUAAUAUCCCUAACUGCCGGAUUCUCCUGCUGCAGCUUUUCUUGGACAGUGACUUAUUUUGAUUCUUUUGAACCAGGAAUGUUUCCUCCUACUCCUCUUUCACCUGCCAGAUUUAAGAAACUGACUGGACAUUCUUUCCACAUGGGCUAUAGUAUGGCAAUUUUGAAUGGCAUUGUAGCUGCUCUUACUGUAGCUUGGUGCCUCAUGUAAACCCACACUGAAGCAAUAUUCUUGACAAAACUUAGUCAUGAUUGCUUUGUAAUAACAGGGAAGAACAUCAUUGCCUACUCAGAAGACCAAGAAACCUGCUGCUUAUGUGGUUCAGAUACGUGUCAUAUCAUCAUCAUUAUGGAGGACUUUUUAAGCAUCGUUCUAGAGCCUAGGCAUUGGGAAUAUCUAAGUAUUAAGUUUCAAGUAAUGCUUAAAAGUGUAAGAUGUUUACCUCAUCUUUUUACUUCUGUGUGCAUUGUCCUUAUAAGUUGUAGAAAACAUUUUAAUGGAACUCAAACUCGAAAACUUGGAUGCAGAACAUCCUGUAUCAAUGCCUGCCUUUCCAUGUAUAUGUAUAUACUACAUUUUUGCUAAGAAAUACUGAUAGUACUGUUUGAGAUAGAAAUACUUCUUAUUUAUUCAUUAUAUUAGGAAAGCAAACAAUGCCUACUACUUUGACAUUUUACAGAAGCUACUUUUAAAUCAGAAUAUUUAGUUUUCGAUAUAUAGAAGGUGCAUUUAUAUUUUUUAAUGGGCUAUGGUUCUUUAUGUGUUUUUUUACAUAUUUUCCUACUAUAUCUUGAAUUUGUAUGUUUUUUAAUUGUUACAUCUAGGCAAAUGUAA